AGCGGGUCGCACGACCUGAGGUCGUGCUCGGGCAGUUGGUUGAUUCUGUUGCCGCUUAGUGGGUGACCGGGUACCGGGAGCUGCGAGUCGUGUUCCGGGGGAUUGGUGUCGUGUACUAUUGUUGAUCUCUAAGACACACACAAAGUUUAACCAAAACAGGAAGGGAAAAGACUGAAUAAUAAAGAUGUUGUCACGAUUUAAUUUGGUUGUGAGACCAUGCAUCUACAUGUGCCGUUGUGUCCACACAAAGGAGAAGGGCAAACCACUGAUGUUGAGUCCCAGAACAAACAAGGGCAUGGCAUUCACGUUACGGGAACGACAGAUUCUUGGCCUGCAUGGGCUUCUACCUCCUAAAAUAGAAACCCAAGAUAUUCAAGCCUUGCGCUUUAAGAACCACAUAGAAAAAGUGCAUGAUCCUCUAAUGAAAUAUGUUUAUGUGAUGGGAAUCCAGGAAAGGAAUGAGAAACUAUUUUAUAGAAUUCUGCUUGACAACAUUGAAGAGUUGUUGCCAAUUGUUUACACCCCAACAGUAGGCUUGGCUUGCUUACAGUACGGACAAAUCUUUAGGAGGCCAAAAGGUUUGUUUCUUUCCAUCAUGGACAAAGGUCAUAUUAAAUCCAUUCUUGACAACUGGCCAGAUACGAAUGUAAAGGCUGUAGUUGUAACAGAUGGAGAACGGAUACUAGGACUCGGAGAUCUGGGGGUUUAUGGGAUGGGAAUACCAGUUGGAAAGUUGUGCCUAUAUACAACAUGUGCUGGAAUUGAUCCCCGUACGUGUCUUCCUGUUUGUAUCGAUGUGGGUACUGACAAUGAGAUGUUAUUGAAAGAUCCCUUUUACAUGGGUCUUUACCAAAAGAGAGAUCGUUCACACCGUUAUGAUGAGCUUCUUGAUGAGUUUAUGGAAGCAGUUGUAACCAAGUAUGGUCGCAAUACCCUUAUUCAGUUUGAAGAUUUUGGGAAUAAAAAUGCCUUCAGGCUUUUGAAGAAAUACCAAGAAAAUUAUUGUACAUUCAAUGAUGAUAUUCAAGGUACUGCAGCUGUAGCACUGGCAGGAUUGUUGUCAGCCCAGAGAGUGACUAAUAAACCAAUCUCAGAGCACAAAUAUCUGUUCCUUGGUGCAGGGGAGGCAGCACUGGGCAUUGCUGGUCUGAUUGUACUGGCCAUGAAAGAAGCUGGAAUGCCUGAAAAGGAAGCACAGAACAAGAUAUGGAUGUUUGACAAGCAUGGCUUGCUUUAUCAGGGUCGUUCAGAGCCAAUUGAGGAUCAUCAGGAAGCAUAUGCCCACCCAGCACCUGAUCAUGUAGGCAAGACAUUUCUGGAUGCAAUUAAUAUACUACAGCCCACUGCCAUUAUUGGAGUAGCAGGUGCUGGCAGACUGUUCACCAAAGAAGUGAUUAGUGCCAUGGGAAACAUCAAUGAACGUCCUAUAAUUUUUGCACUAAGUAAUCCGACAGAUAAAGCUGAAUGUACUGCAGAUGAAGCAUAUACUUUAACAGAGGGAAGAUGCCUUUUUGCCAGUGGCAGUCCAUUUCGCCCAGUGACUCUACCAGAUGGACGUGUGUUUUACCCAGGACAGGGAAAUAAUGCCUACAUUUUUCCUGGUGUGGCGCUGGCUGUAAUCCUUAUUGGGGUUCGUAAUAUCAGCAGUCAAAUUUUCUUGGAAGCUGCAAAGGCACUGGCUGAGCAGGUGACCAAUGAUGAAUUAGCCCAAGGAAGCCUUUAUCCACCCCUAUCUAAGAUUCGUGAAGUCUCCAUCAAAACUGCAGUUAAGGUUACAGAGUACUUAUAUGCAAACAACCUAGCUUUCGAGUUCCCAGAGCCUAAGGACAAAGAAGGGUUUUUUCUGUCCAGAGUGUGGAAGACGGACUAUGAGUCGUUCCUUCCAGACAUUUAUGAUUGGCCAGAGUCUGCAACAAAACUACCCAAUUUGUAAUCAUAUGCCAUGUUUAACAAAUUCCUGCUGAAGUGUCUAUCCACUAAUUAUCUGAUUUUUUUCAGCGGGCAGAGGAUCAUCUCCUAGCUUGCUAGACUCUCUCUUUGUAUCAUAAGAAAUAGUUUUGCUAACUUAAUCCCUUUUUCAACUUCCAUUAACCAGUAUUCAUUGGAAAUAUGCAACUUCUUUCGAAGGAAGAAAGAACUUGUGUGUAUAUGGUGUUUUUCACUGCCUGAUGUCCCAAAAUUCUUUACAGCCAAUUCAUCCUUCAGAGGUAUAGCCACUGUUCUGUAGGAAAAUGCAGUUGCCAAUUUGCAAACCAACUUUCAUUUGAAAGUUGACUCCUCUAACAACGCUGUAGUACCUGAUUCUCUGUUGAUUAUGUGCUCAAAUCCUGAAGUGGGGCUUGAAUUCACAAGUUUCUGACUUGGCUCAGCAUCUAGAUUCCUGCGACUAAGUUCAGUGCUGCAUUACCUUGGCCUGCAUUUAAAAAAAAAACUGCUAUCUACUUUGUUACUGCUAAGGGAUCAGGAAAGCAUUAGCUACAUCAUUAUUUUCUUCUAUCUUAAAUUCUGAACCUGUUCACUUUAUAUGUUGGGUGUGUGAGAGUGGCAAGUGUAUAGAAAAUGAUAAAAUAACAUUUUUGAAAGCAGACUUAAUUAUUGGAACUUAUGCUUGGAGGUUCUGGAUUUUUUUACAUAUAGUAUCCAAAGUAUGAUUCGACACGGCAAACCUGAAUGACAAUAUACAUUAGGAAUGCAAGAUAAAAACAAAAUGCUAAGAAUACUCAACAGGUCAAACAACAUCCGUGGAGAAACAGAACUAAUGUUUCUCUGUUCCAGUCUCCAUCAGUGCUGCUUGACUGAGAAUUUCCAGCAUUUGUUUCUUUUCCAGAUUUCUAGCGUCUUCACUAUUUUGUUCUCAAUCAUGAUGUAUCAGUCAGUUAUUACAUUCAAAGGGAUAGAUUUGCUUGUCAUUUUUGAGUACUAAACUGUUGGUUAUAAGAAUGCAAUAUUAAUGAUUCUGCCAAUAUGUUGGCAAGUUUUGUUGGGCUAUUUCAAUGCAAAUAUUCUGUAUGACCCUAUGUCACAGCUUUUCCACAUGAUAAUAUCCAUUGCCUGAGCUGAUAUGUAGGGAGGUACAGCCACUUGAAUGAAAAGUGGUACUUUGCCUAGCUCCAGUAGGAACAUUCUGCUUUUUAGUAUGUUUGUUGGUAAUUGAGUGGACCUGAUAAAUGUAUCUAUACCUGUUAUGAAGUGUUGAUGUACAAUUUUGAGAGCAGCACCUUUUGAAGUGGAAUACUGUAAUACUUUUGAAGACUAACCACACGAAUUAGUGAUGUUACUCUUCUCCCAGGAAAUAAUGAAACGAGAAGUCCCCAAGGAGACCAGAAAGGUCGAGAGCACUUACAAUUCAAAUUCAGGAUUGGAAUUAGAAUUUUUUUCAUUUCUAUUCCGAUGAUCACAAAGUCCUAUUUAUCUAAAACUUGCCUGUGAUUUAAAGAAAAUGCUGUUAUCAGAAUCAAAUGCACUGAAGGAAAUACUUGUGUGGCAAAGAGUUUAUUUAUUGAUGAUCGGUGUUAACUGUUUGGAACAAUAUUGAUUUUUUUCCCAUGUCUUUUAAUUCCUCAUUCCCUUUCUAAGAUGGAUGGUUUUUGUGUUUUCUCAACUUUUCUUCAUGGAGCCUUUACAUUGAAUAUUAACCAUGUUGGCAGAUUUACUGAUUGUCCAUGUAUUAUGAAUUGGUUUUUGUCUGUAUUUGUUUAUUACUGAACUAAUGAAACAGUUUUCAAUAUUUUUGUGUUAGUAUGCAAUAAAAUUCAAAUGGAUUCAGUUAA